UCCAAGAUUGUUUGCUACAAGCUUUAGCGCUGAUUUGUUGAACGAAUUGAGGUAAGAAAGCUUACAGCCCCGUAGAUCUUCUCCAAGUUAUUAUCAUUGAAUGAAAUCUUACGGACCCUCUUCGAUUUGAUUGAUUUUCGACCUAGAAGUAUUUACAUUUUAGAGUGACAAAAAAGAGGAAAAGACAGAUAACGUUUUGUAGAAAUUGUAGCUGAAGAUGUUAAAAUUAGGCCCUUCCAUCAAAUCCCUCUGAAGGUGUCAAGCAGUGAAAUGAGCCGUUCUCCUUCGUUCUCUUUGAAGGCAGAGCCCAAUUCUAAGCUUGACCCAAAAGCAUUGAGGCGAUGGGUUGUUGCCUUCUGUAUCAUUAGGUUUGAUCUCGAACAAGGUCAGGUCAUUGAGGAGUGUUACCCGCCUGAUUCUAUAACUCAAGAUGAGGAGCUUGAAAUCGCCUUCAGUUCUUUCCCAGAUUCAGUGUCUCAGCACCACAAUCGAUCGAGCAUUCAUGAUUGUAUCUUCUUCUUCCGAUUACGAAGGCGAGAGAAUUCUCAUUUGACCCAUUUGUCUUCAUCUGAGAUAACUGAGGGUGAAGACAAAUUGGGCUCUCCAAGGUCUCCAAGGUCCCCAAGGUCCCCAAGGUCAUUAGAUGAUAAGGUACUCAGAAGGUCAAGCAGUAGCCGCAGGUCCAAUCCUCCAGGGUAUUUGUAUGGUUUUGUGUUCAAUAGGCAGAGGCAGGAUGAGAGGUUAAAGCGAGGUGGAGAGCAGAAGUCUGUGGUUAUCUUAUCGUACUGUCCAUACUCCUGCGUUUUCAGGCGUUUGUUACAAAUCUUGGGUCCUUUGUAUUUUGACAUUGGUAAGGCAGCUGUGGAGCACAUAGCCCAUUAUAUCUCAAUGUGGCCUGCCCCAAUGCCUGGGAAGUUAAUGGAGCUCCCAAUUGGGAAUGUUGCAUUGAAAGCGAACCUGCCACCAGCUCAUAGUUUGCCAUUGGAGUAUGGAGUCUUCUUGUCUGAUGAGUCUGCCUCCUCGAUGGCUCCUAUUCUUCCUACGAAUCAGUCAGUUCCACAAGGGCUCUUCCAUGAUGCAGAUAUUUUUGGUACAUUCCGCGGGCUUCUUUUGCAGCUUUGGGUGCUGUGGGAGCUCUUGAUUAUUGGUGAGCCUAUUCUUAUAAUAGCACCAACGCCGCCUCAGUGUUGUGAAGCUGUUGCAACUCUUGUAAGUUUGGUGGCACCACUCCUGUGCAGUGUCGACUUUAGGCCUUACUUCACCAUCCAUGGCCCGGAUUUUGCCCGUCUUAACUCACUCACUGAAGGAGAGCCUUUCCCUCCGAUGGUUUUGGGUGUGACAAACCUCUUCUUUUUGAAGGCUCUUCGAAAUAUCCCUCAUGUUGUUUCAGUGGGUAGUCCUGCUUCUAACUCAAGCAGGGUUCCCUUUUCUACUAGGUCCCCUGCUGGAAAAGUUUCUGGUAAACUGGAAGGAUUUCGUCAACAGCUAUCUUUAAAGAACUUUUCUCCUUCAAACUUGUUAAAUGCUGUGAAGUUGAGGAGAGACGGGCCUCUUUGUCUGAUGACAGAACACAAAGAAGCCCUUUGGAGCACCUAUGUUGCAACAACUAAGCCAGACACUGCUAUCUUGAAUAGGCUUAUUGAUGCAGGGAUGUCCCCAAGGGUUGAGGAAUCUAUGUCAGUUGUUAACAAUGAGAUAUUACGCCGGCAUUUCUUGGAGCUUACAACAAACUUCCUUGCUCCUUUUGGACCAUACUUAAGAGCUACUACUCCUUCAGAAGGAACUUCUCCCUUUGUAGAUCCUCCUCCUCUUCUUUCAUUUAAUACUGAAGAAUUCAUUGCAAACUUAUCAGCAAGGGGACCUGGGAAGUUCUUAUCAAAGAGAAUGAAAGCUAACUGGCUGGACCUAUACAGGCGCUUUUUAAAAGGGCAGAACUUUAUGCCAUGGUUUCAAAGAAGGCGUGCUGUUGCUGAACAAGAACAGCACAGAUUAUGGAGGCAGGCUAGAAUAAAGACUGACAUUCAGCAAUUUAUACCAAAUAUGUCUGAACUGGAGAUUGUUGAUUCUUUCAAUUCCAUUGAGAAACACUUACUUGGAGAGAUACAGUUACAGCAGUCUGGAAGGGGCACUGCAGACUCUGCAGCAGCUUGCCAGAAACUGAAGGGAGAUCUGCAAGCAGUAUUUAAUGUGCUUCCCAAGGACAUGCAGCAGCUUCUUCUUUUCAACCCACAAAGGGCAGCCCUUCUACAAGGUAGCCUUGAACUGACAAAGCUUCCCGGGCGUCCUUCCAUACAACUUGGGGUCAUUUCUACAAGCUCGCCCAGGUAAACCUUGGUCUUGGUCUGGUCAGUGGCAUCUUGGUGCUCCAAUGAAGAGAAGGUUGUCAUAGUGCUGAAAGGAACACGGAAAUUGCUGUCCUUUUUUGUCCUUCAUCCUCUCCUUUGCCAGAUUGGUUUGAGCUUCUCUGAUUAGGGACAAAACUAAUUCUUUUAGGUUGGACCAGCAUGCUUUUUCACUGCUUUUCUCUUAUUCCUGCUUGGUCUCCUUGGCGGCAUGCCAUCGCUUUUAAUAAUUGUUAAUACUUGCAUCUAACAGAAGCGAGAGAUCCUGCCAGUUAAGGAGUAGUGAGACUUAACUCACUACAUUGACACUGAAUAUUCAUAUCAAAUUGGCACGCAAAUUACUUGGUCAAGGGAAGGAGGGAAGGAUCAGGAAGAGAAGCAUGUUUCAGAGUACAUUUAGUAUUUCAAGUUCUUUGGAUCUUUGGUCUCAUUGCUGUGCAAGAGACAUGGCCUUGUAAAACCGUGAAUCUGGUCUUCAGGGCACCCUUGAUGCAAUCAACAACAUACCCUUAUAGGCAUCUCAGUUCCAAUGAAAUUUGUUUUGCACCC